GGGUUAAUGUAUGUGCUGCCAAAGACCAACCCAGUCGAGCAGAGUCCAGGUCCGAGCUGCCGACGCUUGGCUGAAGGUUGGAGGUCCUGCAGAGCCCCUGGAGUCCUGAAGGUUGGAGGUCCUGCAGAGCCCCUGGAGUCCUGAAGGUUGGAGGUCCUGCGAGGCAGCCGCACCAUGAUCCCCAGAGUCCGUGCGUGGAAGAUCUCAGCUUUGAGGCUUUUCCAGAAACCAUGGACGCGUCAGCCUGGAUUACCUGCAGCUGCUCGCUUCAUCCACGUGGAGCAUCCGCCCAUCGUCCCCACUCUCACCAAGAGCUACGCCCACGGCACGUCGUCCACGCCGCUGCGCUGCGAAACGGUAGCGGAGGCCCUGCGGAACACCGUGGAGCGCUGGCCCGACAGAGAGGCCAUGGUCUUCGUGCAGGACGGGGUCCGCAAAACCUUCGCAGAGUUCCAGGAAGAUGUGGACCGGGCCGCCGCAGGACUGCUGGCUCUCGGACUCACCAAAGGAGACCGGCUGGGCAUGUGGGGGCCCAACACCUACGAAUGGGUCCUGUUCCAGUUUGCAACAGCUAAAGCUGGUAUAAUCCUGGUUUCUGUGAAUCCAGCGUUCCAGCAGCAGGAGGUGGAGUUCGCCUUACGACAGGUCGGGUGUAAAGCGGUCGUUUGCCCCACGGUGUUCAAGACUCAGAAAUACUGUGACAUGCUGAGGAAGAUCUGUCCUGAAAUUGAGUCGUCCAGCCCAGGAGACAUCAGGAGUGCCAGGCUCCCAGACCUCCGCUCUGUGAUCACUCUGGACAGUCGGCAGCCGGGAAUGUUCCACUUUGAAGACGUGAUGCAGGCCGGCAGCAGCCAGCACGCCCAGCAGCUGCAGGAUCUGCAGAAGAAGAUCUCCUUCGACGACCCCAUAAACAUCCAGUUCACUUCGGGCACGACUGGGAGGCCGAAAGGAGCCGCUCUGUCUCACCACAACAUCGUCAACAACGCCUUCUUUAUUGGGAAAAGAAUGGGAUACACCUGGAUGCCCGUCCUUCGUAUCUGCGUGCCGGUGCCGCUGUACCACUGCUUUGGAUCUGUGGGUGGAGGGAUCAUAAUGGCCGUGCACGGAGCCACCGCGGUCUACCCCUCCGCAGGCUACAAUGGAGCGGCCAACCUCGCGGCCAUGGAGAGCGAGAGGUGCACGGUGAUCUACGGGACCCCCACCAUGUACGUGGACAUGCUCAGCCAGCCCAGUCUGUCGAAAUACGACUUGUCUUCUGUUGAAUGUGGUGUCAUGGCUGGUUCUCCGUGCCCUGCAGACCUCAUUAAGAAGGUCAUUUCUGUAAUGGGCAUCAAAAAGAUGACGAUCGGUUACGGCACCACGGAGAACAGCCCCGUGACGUUCCUCGCCUCCCCCAUGGACAACGUGGAGAGGAAGACCGAGACGGUCGGCUUCGUCAUGGAACACGUGGAGGCUAAAGUAGUGAAUCCGGUCAGCGGGGAGGUGGUUCCUCUGGGGACGAAGGGGGAGAUCAUGAUCCGAGGAUACUGCGUGAUGUUGGAGUACUGGGGUGACGAAGCCAAAACCAAGGAGACCAUCACCAAAGAAGGCUGGUACCGGACUGGAGACAUCGGCAGCAUGGACGAGUACAGCUACUGCAAGAUCGACGGCAGGAGCAAAGACAUGAUCAUCCGAGGAGGAGAGAACAUUUAUCCGGCUGAGAUCGAGCAGUUUCUGCACACGCACCCUAAAGUGAAGGAGGCGCAGGUUGUUGGAGUGGAGGAUCCCCGGAUGGGUGAGGAGGUCUGCGCCUGCCUGAAGCUGCAGGACGGCCAGGAGUGCACGGCCGAGGAGCUCCGAGCUUUCUGCAGAGGCCAGAUCGCUCACUUCAAGAUUCCUCGUUACAUCCUGUUUGUGACCAGCUACCCGCUGACCAUUACUGGAAAGGUCCAGAAACACAAACUGCGCGAGGAGGCCGAGAGGCAGCUGGGCCUGAAGGAGGGGCAAUGACCGCCGUCCAACCAUCCACACGUCUGGUACCAGAAACAACCGUUGGAUCGUCAGAACAUCUGAACCGUCUGGAGAAGAAACCCAAACAGACGGGCUGGGACGGAGACGGGAUCUGGAACUUCUGCUUGAAGCUUCUCGUUGCAUCGGUUUCCUCAAAUCGAGGGUUUACGCAUCUAAAAUGUAAAUUUAGAGGCGAAAUGUUUUAACUGUUAGGCUGAAACUUUGUUUACAUCGAGUGCGUACCGGCGUUUCAGAACCAUCAACAAAUCUGGGGAACUACAGACAUAAACUUUAAAUGUUCACGUUGAUGAACUUCAGGAUCCGUUUGCAACGAGAAGCUUUAAACAGAUAAAACACGUCGCGCUGCUACUUUAAACACUCGGUUUGUUCCAACUAAAUGAACAAGCUUCUUUCAGGUCGACGCUUCGAACAGCAGCGAGUUAUUUUUGUCGAGUCUGAAUCUGAACGAGUUGAGCGGCUCAGUUUUUAUCGUCUAAAUUCAAUCCUGAUCAACGUCUCGGGUUAUUAAAAGCAGAGCUUCCUGUCGGCGGCAGUUUGGAUUCAAACCUUUAAAAAUGGUUUCAGAGCCGCGGAGAAUUUCCUGCGGGAUCCGGAGUCGGGUCCAGACCUGAAGGACUCGGCCCAGAACCAUCUUCCAAAACAAACCGGCUCUUAGAGGAACCGCCAGGUCUUCCAGCUUUUUUUUAGUUGAGCAGAUUUUAAAGUUUGUAUUAAAAGUUUUUUUUACAAUGAGUUGAAAAAUGACUUUUAAUGUGUUUGGAGAAUAAAUGUUCAGUGCAACAA